AUGGAGACGACCGAACGCGCACCCGUCUUCACAUUCGCGAACGGCCCGUCGUCGCCGCCCAUGACGCCGGGCACUCGCUCUCACACCCACUUUCUCCACAAGGACGACCACCCUACGUCCAGCUACAAGCGCAUGGCCAUGGUGCACAAUGCGCAAUCCCCGCCGCUCGAAUUCAUCAAGCCCAUUGGACAGGGGCCGCAAUUCCACUUCACCAGGCCACAGUCGCGGGGUGCUUCCUCUCGGCCUUCAACAGCAUCUGUUGCUUGUGCAACCACUCCGCAAGACUCCGAGGACGAUGACGCAUCCGACGAGGAGAGCAUAUGUGAAGACGCUCGGCAGUUCCGCAGGGCUGAAGAAGAAGACAUCAGCUUUAUACUCGAGUAUUUGGACAGCGAGCCGGGCUAUGAUAGCGACAUAGAAGUGGUGCGACCGGACCAAUUUGAAGAUGCGAAAAGCGACAGGAGUAAAUCAAGGCUGGACGACAACGGAAUAACUGCUGAGAUAAACGACAUGCAUCUCGCAGAUGAUUCUUCUGAAGACGAAGAGUUGAGGCAAAGGAUGGACUGGAAGAAAAAGAAAAGAUGGAGCGCCAGAAUGUACAAGACUAAACGUACCUACAGCAUGAGCGUCGAGGGCGACAGCAGCUACUCCGACAACGAUCCAUGCGACGAUGUCGACGAAUCGGCCCGCCGUCUACGCCGCCGAGUGCGCGGUCCCGGUGAUCGCACCUCUCUCAUCUUCGAGGAUGGAGGUUUCCCCAACAUAAACAAUAUUGCGGAGGUAGAAGAGCCGGAGGAUGGAGGCAUCGUGGUCAAGAAAGUGCAAGGCCCACCAUCAAUUCCUUCUGAUGAUGCUUUCACACUUGACGAU